ACAAUAUAAUCCAUAUACUUACACCAAAAUUACAAUUUUUUGUAAUAGACACUAUGUAUUCGCUCUUUAUCCUUCCAAACAAAUUUACGAGAAUGUGAAGAAAAUUGAACCGAUGAUCCUCGCGAGAAUUACACCACCACCCCCAAACUCCUGGCUUCCAAAACCUCCCCUAACCCCAAUUCCCCAAUACAGUAACCCCACAACGUUUUUUUCCCCGGUUUGUUCUGAUGCUGCCUAAUACUAACAAUAAGAAGAAGAAACAUAAUGAUCGAUGGUGACGACGAUGAUGCAUCAGCAUCAGAAUCACGGCAAUCCUCCGCCGAGUUCUGCGGCUAUUGGUAGUAUUAGAUCCCCUCCAAGCCACAGCCACAGUCAUAGUCACCGCCUGCCUUCGCCUUCUCCUCUCUCUCUGGACGCCCCCUCUAGAAUUCGACUCUCCGACAUUUUGCCCUAUGAUGGUACCCCCAUGGGCCCCUACAUAAGGGCCGUAGACGCCUUGUCCAAUUCACUCAUGCGCCACAACGCCGCCGUCAUUGAGCUCGGCCCCGAGGAUGCCGCCUUGCUACGUUGCGCCCUGGAGUCCGCCCGCCUCUACUUUCGCACUAGGAAGGGUGGCCGAGGGGUUUAUACUUACAGAGCUGGAAGGCCUUUGGAAGAUGUGGAUGCAUCUCCUCCAUGCAUGGCAGACAUUUUCAGAUGCAUGGGAAGGGCAGCUCGUGCUGCUUUAUCUGCUAUUGCAAGACAUCUCCGUCUGCGAAGCGAUGUUUUUAAUCACUUGCUUGAUGAUAACCCAUUGCCUGCUAAUGAGGCAUCUUCAUCGGUCCUUGUUGCCACCUUCUCCCAGAUAACCUCGCAGCAAGGAAAAGGUGCAGCUGGGGGAGGGAAGCUUGGAUUGAGUUGUGAAGCAGAGAAGGGUUUGUUAAUGCUGAUUUCCUCAGAUGCUCCUGGUCUUCAGGUUUGUGACCCCAAUGGCCGUUGGUACCAAGCAGAUAGCAGCUUGGCGCCUGGGGACCUUUUACUGCUUACAGGGAAGGCUCUAGGCCACGCCACUGCAGGACUUCGGCCUGCUGCUUCAUAUCGGGCCACACCUGAUAAUCUUCUGAACCCUGCAACUGGUGGAAGGACGUCACUGGCAUUUAGGCUCAUGCCACAAGGCAAUGCAGUAUUGGACUGUACUCCAAUUGCAGCAGCUGGGCAUGUAAUUCCUCCGAGCUAUGUGCCGAUAUCUGUAAGCCAGUUUAUGGAUGACCUUUCUGCUGAGGAAGAUGUAUUGUGUAACCAUACUGAUAAUGCUUAUGUACCUGCAGAUAAUUUGAAUAGGGAACCAUCAUUGAGAAGUGUUCUAUCAGAUCCCUUAUCGGGCGCAUUCCUUGAGGAUGCUAUGCUGGUUUCUUGUGGGCAUUCAUUUGGUGGUCUUAUGCUGAGGAAGGUAAUUGAAAUGUCCAAAUGCACACUCUGCAAUUCAGAAAUUGAGGCUGGGUCUAUGAUCCCUAAUCACGCUCUGAGAGCUGCAGCUCUUGCAGUGAAGCAAGAGGAUGAUCGCAGACUAUUUCAUAAUGUAGCUCUCCGGAAACGCAGGAAGGAAGCAAGUGAGCAAAGGGAAAAUGGUGAUCUCACUCCAGAAAAUGGGUCACAUAAAGGUGUACAAUUUCCUUUCUCAGUUAAUGAGAAGGUUAUUAUCAAGGGAAACAGGCGGACGCCUGAUAAGUUUGUUGGCAAGGAAGCAGUGAUUACAUCACAGUGUCUGAAUGGCUGGUAUUUGCUUAAGAUUAUUGAAAGUGGCGAAAAUGUGCGGUUACAAUACCGUUCUUUGAGAAAAAUUCCAACUUCCCAUGAUUUGGAGGAUAGGUGUGUAGCUCAACCAGUUCAGAAUAGCAGCCGAUAGGCUUACACUUGAUUUUGGGGAUAUAACUUGUCGAAAUGUACCCCGAUACUCUGCUCGAGGUAGGAAGAUACCAUACACGGCCAUUAUUUGAUUGAAUGUUGGUAGCAUAGAAUUAGGGAUAGAAAAGGGAAAAGGCUUUUAGUAUGGGGUAGUUCUAUGUAUCUAUUUUCUUUUUUGCCUUCUUAAAGAGGGAAAGGGAAGAGUCAAGUCCACCUCUUAGUGGAAAAAUGAUCACAUAAAAUGAAUACUGGUGCGGAAGAUUGGUGAAAACAUAUGUUCUGUGUUUGAUGUAAAUGAGAGCAUGUCUUUUGAAUUUCGAUCUUUGUAGCUCUUUGUUUUUCUG